GUCAUUUCAAGUUUCACCGAUUUCUCGCCGGUUUUCAUUCCACACUCUCAAAUGCUCCGACUUUUCCGUCCUUCAAGCCUAUCCACUAUUUCUUUUUCCCUCUUUAUCAACACAACCGAAUCUUGAAGUUCAACCCCCCUCUCUCUUUCUCUCUCUACUUUUUUUUUUUUUUUUCCCGAGGCCAAUUCUGCUCGCAUUCUUUGCAACGAUUCUACGUUUUUUUCCAUCUACGUAAGAAUUAAGAGGACAUGAUGAACUUUUCCUGCAGCUGAAAAGAAAACAACUUAUCACAUUGAGUUGCAAAAAUAUCGUGAAGUUUCGCAAAAACUGUCUUUGUCUCAGGUGAAAAGGAGUUGGCAAGUGGAUUUUGUCAGGUCUAUUGGUAUCCGGAGAAGUUUGAGGGCCUUUGUAUUUUGGUGUUCGUACCCUCUCAUGUCUGUGCAUGAGAGGGCAAAGUGCGAAGUUUCGCGUACCUAGUUUGUUUGUUUAGCGGCUCUUUUUCUAGUGUGUUAGAAUUGGCAGAACAGAGAGGGGGGGAGAAAUGGGGUCAAGUAGCGGGGAUGAGCUAUCGCAAUGGGAUGUACAAUCUAGUAAUGGCCACGACGAGAGGAUAUUUGUUUCGGUCAGAUUGAGGCCAUUGAACGACAAAGAAACAGCAAGGAACGAUGUUUCGGAUUGGGAAUGCAUAAACAAUAGCACAAUCAUAUACAAGAACCACAUAGCCGAAAGGUCAUUGUUUCCGGCUGCUUAUACGUUUGACAGAGUAUUUGGGUGCGAGAGUUCCACAAAGCAGGUGUACGAGGAAGGAGCCAAAGAAGUUACUCUAUCAGUUGUCAGCGGCAUAAAUGCGACUAUUUUUGCCUACGGGCAGACGAGCAGUGGCAAGACAUACACUAUGUCUGGAGUUACUGAAUAUACAGUGGCUGAUAUAUUCGACUACAUAAACAAGCAUAAUGACAGAGAAUUUGUAAUGAAAUUCUCUGCCAUGGAGAUUUACAACGAAGCUGUCCGAGACCUCCUGAACCCAGAUAGUAAUCAACUUCGGCUCCUUGAUGACCCGGAGAAAGGAACCAUUGUUGAGAAACUCAGAGAGGAGACUUUGAGGGAUUGGAGCCAUCUAAAGGAACUCCUUUGUGUCUGUGAAGCUCAAAGACAUAUAGGGGAGACCUCUCUGAAUGAAGUGAGCUCCAGGUCUCAUCAAAUUCUCCGACUGACAAUCGAAAGUUCUGCUCGAGUAUUUUCAGGCGCUGAAAACUCAAGUAUUCUCACUGCUUCUGUGAAUUUCGUUGAUCUUGCUGGAAGUGAGCGCGCUUCUCAAACGUUAUCAGCUGGUUCAAGAUUGAAAGAGGGUUGCCAUAUUAACCGCAGUUUACUUACCCUUGGAACUGUUAUUCGCAAGUUAAGCAAAGGACGAAAUGGACAUGUUCCUUAUAGAGACUCGAAGCUGACACGCAUACUACAAAACUCGUUAGGAGGCAAUGCAAGGACUGCAAUCAUUUGCACUAUAAGCCCUGCACACAGUCAUGUUGAACAAUCAAGAAACACCCUCUUGUUUGCUAGUUGUGCCAAGCAGGUAAGUGUUAACGCGCAGGUCAAUGUAGUGAUGUCUGAUAAGGCAUUAGUAAAGCAGCUACAGAAAGAGUUGGCCCGACUGGAGAGCGAGUUGAGGAGUUUAGGGUCAAUGUCUGCUAUGCCCAAUUCUGCAGCCUUACUGAAAGAGAAGGAACUUCUUAUUGAAAAGAUGGAUAAUGAGAUCAAAGAGCUUAAAAAACAACGAGAUCAAGCUCAAUUUAUGUUGCAAUCAGUUGGUGAAUAUCAAGUUUCAAGGUCAUUGGCUGAGCAUUGUCAGCAUGUGGAGCCUUACAUGCUAAACACGUCGUCACUAGAUGAAUAUUCGGCAUCAGAAUCUUCGGAGGUGGUAGAUCCUCUUCGCUCGGAUGCUACAUCAAACCCAGCUCAUCUCUCUGAUAGCUAUGCUUUCCAUAAUUCCAACAAGUCCGAUUUUGACCGUCUUGACCAAUGUGAAGACCAAUUUCUGUCUAAUGGCAUCUCUCCACGGCGGGUUAUUGACCAACUUUUCGGACCUGAUCCGUCACAAGGUUGGGAAAUGACUUCUCAGAAACAUGAAGAAGACUCUGAAGAUCAAUGUAAGGAAGUUCGGUGUAUUGAAGUAGAAGAAUCAAGUGGAAAGAGUAACUUAAAAUCCGAUGCACCAUUAUUGCCAAAGAAGGAAAUUGUGGAUUUGAGUAAUGUUCAAUCUGACCCUACUUGUGAGACUUUGAAGAAAAAAAUUCAAGAACUGCAGAAAACUAUCGACUAUCUUGUCAAUUCUUACUUAAUGGAACACUCCUCUAGUUCCUCUGAAUCGGAUCAUACGGCUAGGCGUAGAAGCAUGAGGUUAUCUAAAAGCAGAAGCUGUAGAGCAGAUAUCGUACCUAUCGGUUCAUCCCCUUGGCUUGACAAAGCAGAUCAUAAUGAGAAUACGCCACCAAAUGGUCUGGAGAAAGAUUUCCCCAGAAAACCAGAAGUUGAUUAUGAACUAAAGCUUUCUGGAUUAAAAAGUGUUUCUAGUCUGGCAAAGUUGAGUGGAAAAGACCCAAAAAUUUCUGAGGACAAAAAGGAGGAACCAACGGAGAUGUCACGUGAAGGUGAUGUCUCUAAGAUCCAAAAUUGCGCCACCGAAAUCAAUGACGUAGCAAAAUCUGAACCUGAGCAGCAAUCUGGUGAUGAUUUGGAACCUAAGUCAGAGAUUGCUGAGUCAGAAAAAACUGUGGAAGAAUCGGUGCAAGACUCUCUGCGUUCCCCUUCCAAUUGGCCCAUGGAAUUUGAGGCUAAGAGGAGAGAAAUAAUUCAACUUUGGGAUGCAUGCAAUGUACCGUUGAUCCGCAGAACCUAUUUCUUCUUACUCUUUCAAGGUGAUCCAGCCGAUUCUGUUUAUGUGGAAGUGGAGCUCAGACGAUUGUCAUUUCUUAAGUCUGCUCUAUCUCAUGGAAGCAAACUUGUGAUUGAUGGUCAGAUUUUCACACAUGAAACAAGUAAGAGUACUCUUAACGGAGAGAGGCGGAUGCUUAGCAAACAAGCCCUGAGGAGGUUCUCAGCCAAGGAGAGAGAGGCCCUUUACCAGAAAUGGGGCGUUGGGUUGAAGACAAAGAAUAGGAGACUGCAAUUGUGCCAUAAAAUAUGGACCGAUACAAAAGACAUGAAUCAUGUAAAGGACAGUGCUGCACUUGUUGCGAAAUUGGUGGGAUUUGCAUUAUCCAGUCAAACCCCUAAGGAGAUGUUUGGAUUGAGUUUCUCUACUCGGUCCACCAACCGGAGGUCCUCCUUCAACUUGAGACACAGCAUGUCGGCUCUAACGUAAUGUCUGGAGGCAUGAGUUAUAUCGCUGAAGCAUUGGCAUCAGCUUCAAAACUCUAGCGAGUAAACAAAUGAAUUUGGAAAAAAAAAUGUAGAAAAAGCUGUGUGGAUAUGCAUCUGAAUUUCAACUAGUCAAACAUUCUGAUAGUAGUUGUAAAUGAAAGAGUUUGUAAGGGCGGCUCCAUUGGAGUUGAAUUUGCUAUUCUUGUAUUUUUCGCAAAUUGCAUGCGAUGUACUGUUGGUUUAAUCCACUGGAAUGAUGUACAGAGAUCCUGAUUCUUCUCUUCUCCAGUAAAAUUUGUUCUGUACCAUAUCUUUCUGUUGCCUAACUGUCGGUAUCGUCAUUUCCA